AUGAACGCCCACUGUGUCCAGCUGGGAGGAGAGCAGCUUGCACCCCACUGCUGCCCUGCCAUGAUACUGAGCCCUUUCCUUGUGGCAGCGGUGGUGGUCUUUGCCAGUGCCGUCACCGGCUGCCCGGUCCUGUGCACAUGCCGCAGCCAGGUUGUGGAUUGCAGUGGGCUUCGGCUCUUUUCGGUGCCACCAGACCUUCCGUUGGACACCAGGAACCUGAGCCUGGCUCACAACCGCAUCGCUACCAUUCCUCCCGGAUACCUGACCUGCUAUUCCGAGCUGAGGGUGUUGGACUUGCGGAACAACUCCCUGGUUGAGUUGCCCGCUGGACUCUUUUUGGCAUCCAAGCGCCUCUCCCACUUGGACUUGAGCUACAACAACUUGACCCACGUGGUGGCUGACAUGUUCCAAGAGGCCUACAACCUGGUGCACAUUGACUUGAGCCACAAUCCCUGGCUGAGGAAGGUGCACCCCCAGGCUUUCCGAGGCUUGGUCCAACUGCGUGACCUUGAUCUCAGCUAUGGGGGCCUGUCUAUCCUCAGCCUUGAAGUCCUGGAGGGUCUCACAGGCCUGGUGACUCUUCAGAUUGGAGGCAAUCCCUGGGUGUGUGGUUGCACCAUGGAGCCACUGCUGAAGUGGUUGAGAAAUAGGAUCCAGCGAUGCAUGUCAGGUAGGUGAAAUUACACGGCAGUCCAGUUGUUAGCUUCACCUUGGGGAUUUCUGUCAUUCUGUUCCCUAUUACACAACACAUUGUGAACCUCUGGGUAAAAUGUUGGCUCUCUGUCUCAGCUUGAAAUAAAAGCAGCAGUUCUCUCAGAGCGGCUAAGAAGGGCAUUUUUGGAUCAUGGGAUUUGAAUCCUGUGCCUUGAGUAAGGCAUUCUGCAUUUGCCUACCUGAUUUAGACCGGCUAUGCUAGGAAACAGUCUGUUUUACACAGUUUCCUAGGGAUUAUAAACCACACAAUGCAAAAAAAAGUUUAGAGACAGUUGUAAGUUUCCCCAACCAUGCAGCAUUUGUGUGUGUGAAUUCAUUAGAUUUUGGUACUUUGCUGCAUCUGUAGUUGCAGUUAGCGAAAACUGCUAUACAGAAAUUCAAAUAAAGUACUUGGUUAACUAAAUAGGUCACUACUCUCUUCCAAAUGGCCUGUUAAAGUUACUAAUCAGAAUUGCUCUACUAGAACUAUUAGGCAGAGCAGGGAGGUGCUCUCCUUCUCCUAGAAUAUGAGUCAGGGUAAGAACAUCUGGCCACUUCAGGGCUGAGCAGAAAUUGCCUCUGAAACAGACAAGGCUUGUUCACACUUCGGCUUGUCCCAUGCCUAGAAAGCAUGAGUCCAAGUGAUUUUCCACUAGAACCACCCUUUCUAGGCAUAGGUCUGAGCAGUUUCCCCCUUGCCCCUCUCCUUUCCCAGGGAAAACCUGCUCUUUGGCUUUAAAUCAGAACCAUGGAAAACCCCUUUGCUCCAACUGAGCAUUAAAGAGCACCAUGGGAAGAGCAAGAGGAAGUGUGGAUAAGCCUUGACUGAAGGAAGCAGGGUUUUCCUUUCUCCUACUCUUUUCUGACUGUCUGGGUGAUAGCUUUCUAACAACUGGCAUCAAAGGACUGUCACAGGGUCAGGAUAGUGUAAGUGUGGAUUAUAAACAUAGUCACUGGUCAGCACUGUGAGGGGACAAGGGAUUCCCUAGUUUCGCCGCUCACGACUUUGGGACAUGGAAGCUGGAAAAGAGCCCCCCUGGACCUUGCAUGCAUGCAGAGUCCUGGGGUUUGGGGUAGUUACUCAGGGGAGUCUCCCACGACCCCUAAUGGCAUCGCCAGAUGGAGGAGAGGCAGGCAGAAAAUGCCGGGAAGCUCUGCCUCAGCCAGUUCCCAUUGCCGAUGUCCUUCUGUUAAUGUUAAUAAAGUUUGGGGCCUAGUUUAUCCACACGCAUCUGCCUCGCUUUUUUAUUAUUUAUGGGACAAAGGUGGGGCAAAGAAGCAGGUGCAGCAUGGCGGCUGCUAAAAAGUCCUGUGGCAGCUCUAACCGCACACACAAAAAGGCCAGAACCUCAUCACACACAACCCAACUCUUCAUAUCCACUGAUUUCCAAGAGCACAAUGAGGAUCACCUCCCCAUGUGGCUAGAGGCAACAGCCGACUGGCCCUCUGUGAGGUUAGAUCCAGGGUGGAUAAAAAUCAAUAUUUUUUUUAAUAAAAAAAAUCAGGUUUUUAAAAUUUAAAUCGGAUUUUAAAAAAAUUUAAAUCACAUUUAUUUCUUUUUUUAAAUUUGAUUUUUAAAAUAAAAUGCUUUUUGGCGGAAAAAUCUUUCUGAAGAUAGGUUUCUACUCAGUCUAAGCCUUUUUUUAAAAAAACUUAAUCACAUCAGUUAACAAACAUGGAUGCAUAUGCUAUAAUGUUAUUGUUUUAGCUAAAUAAAUUGUUUAAGUUGUUAUUAAGGAAAUGAUUAUUUUUCUCCUUCUGAUAAAGUACAGCAGAAAAGUUGUCCAAAUAUAAACAGUUAACAUAUUAAAACUCACAAUAAUUUCAUAAUUAUCAGUCUGUGUAUUUCUAAGAGUAUAACCAAAUCAGGAAUUUUUGAUAUAACUGUAAAAACUACUCUGAAAAAUUAUUAUUCCAAAAAUGAAACCUUCAUCUGGUUGUAAAUAUUAAGAUUAUACCAGCAAGAAUGAGUCUUUCUGUAAAAAAAAUUGAUUUAAAUCAAGUCUUACUGACUCGUGAUUUAAAUCAUGAUUUAAAUUGAUUUGAUUUAAAUCAAAUCCACCCUGGUUAGAUCCAUUGCACAGAGAGUUUUUAAGGAGCAAGGAGACAGAUGAAUGAGCCCUUCGGUACCUGGAGGCUGGCAGUGGCAAUGCUCACUUCACCAUAUAAUUGAAGGCCACUGAAAACCAGAUUUCCACACAAUGAUGCCACCAUGUGUGGAGCUGCCUAGUGACUGCCACCAUGCUGCAAAUGGCCUUUCAGAAGCACACCGAGGCUUUCUGCUCAUUAAAGCCGAGAUUUUGUCAGAGCUAGGUGGGAAUGAGAUGUGCUGUACAAGCUGCCCUUGUGACGUGUCGUCACACUGCUCUGCUCUCCCUGCGUCCUUGUAGUGACAGAUCCCCAGCUCGCAUUGGGAAUCAUAAAUCAGCAUCCUCUCCCACUCUCUAUUGAUUUUUUUCUCCCCUCCCUGACAUUAGUCCUUUCCUGACCUUCUUGCUUAUCUCACGAGCUGCAAGCGAGGGGACCUGGAGACAGGAAAUCCUGCCCUUGCGGAGCCAGAAGAAGGCAGUCCUGCUUUAGCAAUCAUUCUCAUCUCCUUGGAGCAUCAAUUCUAUUUACAUUUCCCAGCCAUCUCUGUGAUUGAUGUAUAGCAGACAAUGACGGAGAAGGAUGCCAUCCAUCUCCAGCUUUGGCAGUGAUGCACGGGGUGGCUGUUGGUUUUCUGAUUCGGUGCCCUCAUCCAAUUUAUUUGUAGUGAUGUCUUCUUAGCAAACACAAGCAGAGAGGAAGAUUAUCUGUCUUGUGCACCUUCUUAUAGUUUCUUAGGAUGACAAGUCUAAACUUCCCAGUGAGUUUUCAUUAGUGCUUAACAUUCAGGUAGUGGUUACCCUCUGCAAAGCUUGGUUCCGCUAGUCCAAACUGACUCUUUGCUGCUGAAUCAGAGCAAACUUCAGUUGGCUUUUUCAAGGAUUGACUAAUUGCCUGCAGACAGCAAAGGCGCAGGCAGGCAGAUGGAGCCUGAGAAAGUUCUGACAAAGUACCUUCUUGGGCUCCACCUAUCUGCACCUUUGAGGAAGCCCCACACCACUUCAGCUAAUGCGAGCCAGAGUGGUAUUGGGGGGUGGGAGACUUCCUGUCCCCCAGCUGAGCAGUUCAGCGAAGCCUCUCUGCCCUUCUGACUCUCCUGAGCCAGAGUGGUAUGGAGGCUUGCUCAGUAGAGCUGGGCAAUAUAUCUUGGUUUCCCAAAGGUGGGGAGGAAGAAGCAGCUGAGAAACAUUCCAGACAUUGUGAUAUAUCAUUAUAUUGCAGUACAGUAAUACCUUGGAUCUCAAACACCUUGGCUCCCUAACAAAUCGGACCCCGGACGAUGGAAACUCAGAAGUGAGUGUUCCGGUUUUUGAAUGUUCUUUAGGAAGCCGAAUGUCAGACAGGGCUUCCAUGGCUUCUGAUUGGCUGCAGGAGCUUCCUGCAGCCGAUCAGAAGCCAUACUUUGGUUUCCAAACAUUUUGGAAGUCAAAUGGACUUCCGGAACGGAUUCCAUUUGACUUUCAAGGAACGGCUAUAUUUAGCUGCUGAAAACCAGAUAUCGCCUAGCCCUACUCCCCACCAGAUACACACAUGUAGGACCAAUCUAUGCUGGUGAGUUAUAAUGUUAUAAAUGUGUUAUAAAAUGUGACACCAGGGGGCGCUGUACAGCAGUCAAUGGAAAAUUGCAUUGAGAGCUAUAUAACGUUUUUUCCUGGUGUUUUUUUAGAUCAGUGUAGAUCCAGUCGUAGUCUCUCUGAACAAAGAAACAUUGUAUAUCAGGGAGAAUAUCAGUGUGCAGUCCUUCUCCCUGGCAUUCUAGUUGUCUAUGAGCAAGGAGGAUUUUGUUUUUGUUUUGCUUUUUCCUGAUGGGGGGGGCAUUCAGAAAUGAGACACACACACCUCUCCCGUCUGGCAUGUUAUAAGCCAUGGAAAAAAAGCUUCACAGUGUGAUUCUACUGCAGGUGUAAAUUGGUUUUCUUGCAGCAACUUUCUCCAACCUGGUGCUCUCUGAAAGUUUUGGAUUAUGGCUUCCUAGCAUCCUCAACCAGAACAGAGGUCACUAAGAUGCAGAAGGCUGUCUUAUAGUCUGUGUUACAAAUUAGAAUGAGAUGUGGGUAGAGAUCAUAGACUGGUGAUGGGGUAGAAGAAAGAAAAUUGAAGAAUGGUUAAGGUGAGCCCAGUUGUUGUUAUUUCUUGAAAGCAUCUACCUAAUUUAAUCUGGUGUGUGAUACAAUCCCUAAUAGUUCUGUUCUACUUCCCCUGUCAGGGGCAAUGAUGCUUCUGAAUACCAGUUAAUCAUCAUCAUCAGUAAUAAGGGGGGGCUGGGAGUAUCUUCAGCGGUAGAGAAGAAGAGGUACUUGCACACAUAUGGGGUGGAAUAGCAAACAACACUGAAACUGGGGUAUUAAAAAGAGACUAAAGUAGCUGUUUGUAUCUGUCAGGGGGUAAUGUGAAUUGAGAGGUUACUGUGCAUAACAACCACUCAUUGUGCACAUUUACCAGACCUCAUGGAAAAUGUGCAUUUAAUCUCUCCAUGAAUGGAUAGUUGUACACAUUUCCUGGUCAAUGUGCAUAAUCUCCUGUAGGUCUUGGAGAGUGUGCAUAUAUUGACUGAAUUUUGCACAAUCUCUGGCUGUUGUUGUUACUCUCAUUGUGCAUAAUCUCCCAACCGACCAUGGGGAUAGCUGUGUUUUGAUUUACCUAUUGUUUCAGGAAUUCCACACUGAAUUCAUCCUGCAUCCCUAAUUACAGCUAGAAAUCUGGGUGUUCAUAGAACAUACCUUGUCAUGAAAACGUUAGAGAAUUUAUUGCCACCUGCCUCUUGGUUCUGAAGAGCCAUUGGUAGAGCAUCUGCUUUGCAUUCUUUGCACGUAGGACUAUGAUUGUCCCCUGCUUCACAAAACCCUGGAGAGCUGUUGCCUGUCAGUUUUGACAUCAUGGAACUAGAUGGGUCAAGGAUCUAACUUCCUAUCUUCCUGUAGGCAGCUUCCUAGACCAGAGAGGCAUGGGUUGGGAAAGGAGGAGAAAUGGCCCUCUUCUCUGGGUGUUGCUCUGUGUUUGUGGGUGCUGGCAUGACCCUCUUGGUUCUUGUUGCAGAUACUGAGUUGGCGGAGUGCCGGGAGCCACCCGAAGUGGAAGGAGCCCCUUUGUUUUCACUGACGGAGGAGAGCUUCAAGGCCUGCCACCUGACCUUGACACUGGAUGACUAUCUCUUCAUUGCCUUUGUGGGCUUUGUCGUCUCCAUUGCUUCUGUGGCCACCAAUUUCCUGCUGGGCAUCACUGCCAAUUGCUGCCACCGCUGGAGCAAGGCGAGUGAGGAUGAGGAGAUGUAG